AUGGACUUAGAAAAGUUUGACAUUCAUAUAAACCGUGUGGAAUAUAAGAAUGAAAAAAUUUAUUAUGUUAUAUUAGUUGAAUAUAAUGAACUGAAAUAUGAGAUAAAUAAAAGAUAUAGCGAAUUUGAAGAAUUAAAUUGUGAAUUAUUACAUUUAGGUUUUUCAGCUUUACCAAAUUUACCUAAAAAAAAAUUAAUGUCUUAUAAGAAUAAUGAGUAUAUAAGUUAUCGUAAGAGAAUAUUAAAUAGUUAUAUCCAGAAUUUAUUUAUGAGACCAGAUAUAAGAUGUUGUGCAAUAUUUUUAAAUUUCCUUUUAUUUUAUGAUAAAAUAAAUUUAUCUAUAGAUAUUGUGAAAACCAAAUUAAUAAAUAAUAUAGGUACACAAAAGUAUUCAUUAAGUGAUUUAUAUAUUAAUGAAAAAUAUAAUUUUCUUAUUUGUGUUUAUGAAGAUAAAAGUAAUUUAAGUAAACUAGGGAAAUUAUGGUCUAUUAUUGAACCAGACAUGAUAGGAGAAAUUAAAGUUUUUUCUUAUAAUAAUGAUUUAACGUCAAGCUUUGUUGAAACCUAUAAAGAACAAACUAUAUAUAAAGCUAGGAAUAUUGUUUGUUCUGAAAAAAAUAAUCAAGCUAUCAUUUCAGGAGAUGAUGGGAAAAUACAUAUAUAUAAAAUUAAUAUAGAAUCCUUUACAUUAACAUAUAUUAAAAAUAUUACUUGUCAUCAUGAUACUAUAUUAAAAAUGAUGCAGUUUAAUGAUGAUUUAUUCUGUACAUGUGGAUAUGAUAAUGCUUUUAGAUUAAUAAAUUUAAAUGAUAAGUAUAAAAUAUUAAGUGGGGGUAGAUGUAAUAAAAGAUUAGAUAAAGAUAAAAUUACCACAUGUCAUUUAUUAGCAUAUAAUAAUAUUAUUAUAGGUACAGAUUCAUCCUUAUUCUUUGUUUAUAAUAUGUCUACUAACCCACCCAUAUAUAUAGAUACAAAAAAAAUAAAAAACGGUAUUAAAAUUAAUUGUUUUACAAAUACGGAUAAAUAUCUAUUUGUUGGAUACGAGAAUGUUAUUGCAUGUUAUAAUUAUCAUUAUCUUAAUGAAACAAAAAGUUAUAAAAAUGUAGACAAUAUGGAUAAAAUAAAAUAUGAUGACAACGUACAAAAAAAUGUGCAUACCAAUAUGAAGGCCAAAAGUUAUGUUGACUCAUACAAUAUAUAUGAUAAUAAAUUCAAGGUCACAACUCCAUAUAUUGAUAAUAUAAAUUCUGAUAAUUCUUUUUAUGGUAAUCCAUCUAGUGGUACUUAUUCAUCAUAUAAUCAUUCACAAAAUGGUAAUAAUUAUGAUAUGCAUAAAGAUAAUUAUAUAACUGAAGAUACACAAAUGUAUAAAAAACAUCAAAAAAAUGACCAACAUGACAAAAAAAUAUAUUAUAAUAUAAAUAAUGUACAUAAUGUACAUAAUAUACAUUAUAACAAUAACCCAUCUUGUAAUGAUGAUGAACAAAAAAUUGUUAUUACCAAAGUUAUUGUUGAUAAUAAUAUAUCCGCAUUAUACAUACCACCAUCACUCUACGAUAAUAAUGUUCUAUCAUUAUGCGUAAAUAAAGAAAAAAAAAUCCUUUAUGCAGGAUAUGAAGAUGCAAUCAUUUUAUGGUCUAUAACAAACGGUAUAAUCAUCUCUUCUUUUCAUGGACAUACUAAUGGUGUGCACUUUUUGAAAUACCUGAACAAGUCAGAAUUUUUAUUAUCCGGAGGUAAUGGAGGAAAUGUAAAAAUAUGGAAAAAUGACAUGGAACAUCUUAAAAUAUGGAAACCUAAAAAAAAUUAUAAAUUAAAAGAUAAUAAUAAACAUUCAAAUUCUGGAUUAAACAAAAAUGAAUUCUAUUAUAACAAUCAUAUAAAUACACAAAACAACUUCAAUUUUAAUGAUAGCGAUAAUACAGAUAAGGAUGUCAUCAAUAGUGAUCACAGUGAUGCUAUAUCCAUUGAUAAUUUAAUAGAAGAAACAAAUAAAAAACAUGAAUAUGAUGUUUAUGAUACUUCUAGUUAUAAAAAAAAUAUUAUUAAUUAUAAGGAAACACAAAAAGUUGAUAGUUAUAAUGAUGUAAAAACUAAUAUUUUUUAUGAUCACAAAAGUGAAAAUAAUUACAUUAUUAAGGAUUAUAAAACCGAUGUAACCAAUUUAGAUGUAUGUGUACUUACUAAUAAUAUAUCUAAUAAUGAAAAGGAAAAUAAAUUUAGUUAUUAUGAGGAAGGUGUUCAAUUUGAUGAUAAACGUGCAUAUCCGUAUUAUGAGUCUAGUGCUUCGCUUGAUAUCAAUAAGGGCAAAAUCGUAUAUGAUAAUAUGGGAAGAGAUAACAUAAGAUAUGAUAAUACAAAACAAAAAAAAAGUGUAAUAUAUAAUAAUUCUAGUCAAGAUAAUAUACCAUAUGAUAACACCAAACAAAACAGUAUGAUAUAUAAUAAUGCUAGUCAAGAUAAUAUACCAUAUGAUUACACCAAACAAAACAGUAUGAUAUAUAAUAAUGCUAGUCAAGAUAAUAUACCAUAUAAUAACUCCUCUAGUGAAAAUAUUAUAUAUGGAAAUGUACCAAAUUCUAACGUAUGUAACGAAAAGACAUCUUAUUAUUAUGACAAUACACAAGGUGCUAAAUAUACACAUGGAACGUAUUCUUAUAAAAAUAGUCUUAGUAGUAUAUAUGAAAAUUAUUCAUAUGAAAGUAAUAUGGAUAAAUAUUCAUCAUAUCCCAAAGUUCCUACCGAAAAUAAUAUAUAUAUGAAAAAAGAUACUCAUGAUAUAAAUUAUAGUUAUACUACUACAGAUGAUGUACCAUAUAAUAAUUACAAACUUGAUAAUGUGCAUAAUGUAAAUAUUAACGAUAUGAAGCAUAUUCACAAUAAUGAUGUUAAAAAUAAUAUUGUUUAUGUGAGUGAUGAAGAGGAUGAAGAUUUAAUAUCGGCAUUUAGAUAA